AUCCUCCUGCCUCAGCCUCCCGAGUAUCUGGGGCUACAGCUAUCAUCUGUGUCGUUCUCUCAGAAUGGAAGAGAUGAAGAAGACUGACACCCAGCUGCCCACGAGUCGGCAGAAGCCUAUAAAGACUGAAUGGAAUUCCAGGAGUGUCCUUUUCACCUAUUUCCAGGGGGACAUCAGCAGUGAAGUGGAUGAGCACUUCUCCAGAGCUCUGAGUAAUAUUAAGCGGCCCCAGGAAUUGAGCCCCUCGAGCCAGAGUGAAGAAGUGAUCCUAAAGAAUGAUAGUGACAUGCCUCCGAAUCAUUGGCGUUUCUCUUCUCCAUGGACAAAGCCACGGCCAGAAGCAUCCCUUGCCACUCCUGCCACCAGCAGCAGAUUGAGUGUGUGUGAUCCUAUGGCUAUGGAUCAUUACCCACUGGCCCUGCCUGAGACCUCCUCUGCUCAGCCUAGGGAGCUGUGGCACUUCCCUUCUCUGGCAACCCCCAGCUCCCCAGAGCCUGGCUACUCUCAAGCAUUUCCCAGUGCGCACCUGGCUCCAGGGCCUCACCCUGGUAGGAAAUGUGAGCCCUUCCUAAGUUUCCUCCAGCAGGACAGAUGCUUAACUUGUCCUCCGGAAACUGCCAUGAGAGAAGAUUACAACCCUGUCCAGAUAGCCGGAAGCACAGGACUGCUCUUCAACCUGCCUCCCAGCUCAGUCCACUGUAAAAAAGUAUAUGUCUCCCCGAGUCAUGGACCUGUCAGCCCCGGGAUUGCAAAUGAAAGAAACCAGUCUCCAGAGAGAAGAAAGGAUCUGUUCUUUUAUUAACCUUGGUGUGAUGAAGAGAAUACUUUUUUCUAAACCUACACAAAAUUUUGUUUUUACUGUGAAUCCAGAGAGUCUCUUCUCUGUUUUCUGUUUCUGCCACUAAAGAACACUGAAUCAGGAAGAAGCAUAUGCUCUCCCUCAAAUCGUGCUUUUCUUUUCCUUGGCAACUAUGUCCUUUGGCAGGGGUUUUCAAACCUGUUAAGUGAAUUCCCAGCACACAAAAGGGUUAAAAGAGCUGUUGUGGAGUGGAGAGCAUAAAGGCCCACCUGCCUCCCCACACCACUCACUCACUAUACCCACUACCCUCUUACUGAAAAAGCAUAGCCCCCCCACUUUCCAGAGCAGCAUCCUUUGAGACAAGACUGACCACGUGGGAUCUUAUGGAGUUGUCCCAUUUUUCCAUGUGAAUCCGGGCAUCAACAACAGUCUGAAGCUUUCCAGUUUUAAUUAGACUAUGGCCAACUUCACUCCUGCCUCUACCAAAAGCAAAAGGAAAAUGGAGUAGGCAAGGCCUACCAAGAAUGGGUUGAGGCCGCAGUCUCUCUACAUAUCCCAAAUCUGGAAAAAAGCUGAAAACUAUCAGUCUGAACCUGAUGAGUGAAUGAAAUAUGUUCACUUGGAAAAUGUGUUUCCUCCAUUCUAAACAAAAAUUUGUUGAGCAAUUUGACAACUUACUUAUCGUAAACUGAGUAAACGGCCCCAUCCCAAGUUGGGCUUGUUGCUGGAGCAGAACUUAUUCUGUAUCCAGAUCAUUUCCUGAAGGCAGUUCUAUGAGUUUCCAUCUUUGCUUGCUCUGAUGAUGGGAGCUCACACCUGACAACCUACAGGUGUUCUUUUGGAACUUAGUGGAGUAUGAGACCCUCCCAAAGGGGCCCACCUGGCUUUCACAAACAAUACAACUUCUCUUUUAGUUCACUCAGCAUUAGUGACAUCUGAGAAAUACUCACUUUCUUUUCAGCACUGAACUGGCGUUGGGGCCACCCAGGUGCAUACCUGCUGCAUCUUCAGUCAAGUUGGAGGAACAGGGUGAGGCUUGGCCCAAGAUAUGGCAGCGAGACCUCACUGAAGAUUGCUCCAGACCAAAUGACACUUUCUCAAGUGUCCUCUCCCUACUCUGGUAGACAGCUUUGUAUCUAGUGUGAACUGAGUAGUUGCCCUGUGACAAUACUGGAAGCCCCUGCUAUCAGCAUGCCCAAUCCAUACACCACUUGCUCUUGCAUGAUGGCUCAGAGGGUGAAUCAUAAUAAAAUUAAUUC